CGUACUGGCUUUGCGGGAGAUGACGCUACCAUCAGCAUCCCAUUAUAAGGAGGAGCAGGGUUAGUGGUGUUAGAGUGUAGCUGGCAAGAGGAAAUGAAAAAAGUUCAGCUCGGUGCUCCUGGAAACAUCUAGGUGGAGAUUACUGUGAGAAUACGACUUGCUGUGUAUUUUGAUCACAAACAUUGUUUAUUUCAACUGCAGGCCUGGGCUAGAAAGAAUCCUUUUUACAACCCCCUAAGCUGUGAAGUGCAAUCCCCUACGUUUCAUCAGAAGGCUUUUCUUUCUUUCAACCUGGAUUUGCAGUUUGCUUGAGACUCCAUGAUCCCCAGGACUGAGCAAGGAUUUUGUUCAGGGGAAGCUGGGUGCCUGGUGUCAGGGUAACACUGUGUGAUUUGUCCUUGAAACGACAGUCUACAGAACGUAAUACCAAAGGCAUUCUCAUGGAUCGGAGAUCUAGUUUACUCUUCCUGUUAUGGACUCUGUGGGCUGUGUGUCCAGUCAUCUCUUUGGUCAAUAAAGUCUAUACAAACAAGUGGGCAGUUCAUAUACCUGGAGGCAUGUCAGAAGCAGAUCGGAUAGCUAGAAAGCAUGGAUUUAUAAAUCAAGGACUGAUUUUUGAUGAUUAUUACCAGUUCUAUCAUCGGGCAGUAGUGAAGAGAUCGCCAACUCCUCAUGGAUCCAGACAUGUUCUGUUAAGCAAAGAACCUCAGGUAAAAUGGUUGGAACAGCAAGUGGUAAAAAAAAGAAACAAGAGAGAUAUUUUUACUGAACCAACAGACCCGAAAUUUCUACAACAAUGGUAUCUGUAUGAUUCAAAUAGACAUGACCUGCAUGUAAAAGAAGCUUGGGAACAAGGUUACACCGGAAAAAGCAUUGUGGUCUCCAUUUUGGAUGAUGGAAUUGAGAAAAAUCACCCUGACCUUCAAGGCAAUUAUGAUCCAGCAGCCAGCUAUGAUGUCAAUGACCAGGAUCCAGAUCCACAGCCUAGAUAUACUCAGAUGAAUGAUAACAGGCAUGGCACUCGGUGUGCAGGAGAAGUUGCAGCAGUGGCAAAUAAUGGCAUUUGUGGUGUUGGGAUUGCAUAUAAUGCACGGAUUGGAGGCGUUAGGAUGCUGGAUGGAGAGGUGACUGACGCAGUAGAAGCAAAGUCCCUUGGGCACAACCUUGACCACAUUCACAUAUAUAGUGCCAGCUGGGGACCAGAAGAUGAUGGCAAGACAGUGGACGGGCCAGCUCAUUUGGCAGAAAGUGCUUUUUUUAGAGGCGUCAACCAGGGUCGCGGUGGCCUGGGGUCUAUAUAUGUAUGGGCUUCUGGCAAUGGCGGAAGAGAGCAUGACAGCUGUAACUGUGAUGGAUACACCAACAGCAUUUAUACUUUAUCAAUCAGCAGUACCACACAGUUUGGCAACGUGCCGUGGUAUAGUGAAGCGUGCUCCUCCACUCUGGCAACCACGUACAGCAGCGGCAACCAGAAUGAGAAGCAAAUUGUAACGACUGAUCUGAGGCAGAAGUGCACAGACUCUCACACAGGAACCUCGGCAUCUGCACCGCUUGCUGCAGGAAUCAUCGCUCUCGCUCUGGAAGCAAAUAAUAACCUAACCUGGAGAGAUAUGCAGCAUCUUGUUGUACGGACUUCAAACCCAGCUCAUCUUAACGCUAAUGACUGGGUCACAAAUGGCAUUGGUCGCAAAGUGAGCCAUUCAUAUGGGUAUGGUCUGUUAGAUGCUGGAGCCAUGGUGGCCCUUGCUAAGAACUGGACCACUGUUGGACCGCAGAGAAAAUGCGUUGUUGAAAUUCUCACCGAACCCAAGGACAUUGGGAGUCGUUUAGAAGUAAGACGCAAAAUUGAACCCUGCUCUGGGAUGUCUAAUUAUAUCAGUACUUUGGAGCACGUUCAGGCCAGGUUGACCUUGUCAUACAACCGCCGAGGAGACCUUGCAGUCUAUCUGACGAGUCCUAAGGGCACCCGCUCCUGCCUUCUGGCACCAAGGCCCCAUGAUUAUUCUGCUGAUGGCUUCAAUGACUGGGCAUUUAUGACAACCCAUUCAUGGGAUGAGGAUCCAGCGGGAGAGUGGAUACUGGAGAUAGAAAACACUAGUAACAAUAACAACUAUGGUACCUUAACACAGUUUUUCCUGGUUUUGUACGGAACAGCAUCAGACUCCCCAACCCUCUCUAACCAGGUGGAUGGAGUAGGUUGCCGUACCAUAGCUUCUAGCCAGUCCUGUAUCGUGUGUGAGGAAGGCUUCUACCUUCACAAGAAGAACUGUGUGAAAUCCUGUCCCCCAGGAUUUACCGCCACUGUACAGAAUAUCCACUACACACUGGAGAACAACAUUGAGCCUCUCCAGGCCAACGUGUGCAUGACAUGCCACCCCUCCUGCGCUACCUGCAAGGGCGUCACACCGAAUGACUGCAUCUCAUGUCCUGCUCACUCACACUACAAUCUGAAUGACUUCUCAUGCUCACACCAGUCCCAGAUGAGCAGAGAAUCGCCACCUCUGAAAGACUGGGUCCAAGACUCCGCUGCUAGCUCCACUAAUUUGCCAGUGCUGGUGGCGGUGUUAAGUUGUGCCCUAAUAGUGGUUAUCUUCAUCAGCAUAUUUUUCAUCCUCCAGGUGCACUCAGGUGUAACUCUGGGCAGGAAGAAGUUGUACACUCAGGCAAGUGGCAUUAUAGCCUAUAAAGGCAUCCCCUCAGACGUGUGGCAGGAAGAGGGCUUCUCAGAUUCGGAAGUUGAGGAAUGUGAUGCUCACACUGAAAGAACUGCUUUUAUAAAGAGUGCCCUAUGAUGACUGUUAACAUUGCCCCCAAUCUUCAUACCACAAACCUCCCACCACAGAUCUAUUUUACGUUUCCCUCUCAUCAGUGAACAAGUCCAGGUGAAGCUCCAGAUACAGCAUUUUGCUCCAUCUAGUGCUUUGGAUCAUUUCUAGGAAAUCUCUAAGCAUAUUUUUAUCGUACAUAUCCAUGUAUACUUUUGUGCCCAAGUUUAUUUAUCUUGCAGUGCCUACAAAGAGUGUCCCCUCUUGCAUAUGUGUUUUUUUUUCUAUUUAUUUUCUUGUUCUGUAGUUUAACCCUUUCAGUGCCAGAUUCUUAGAAUGGCAUUGUAAAUGUGGAAAUGACAUGCUUGUUAUUUUAAAGGGACAUUACAGUGGGAAAAUAAGAUUCUUCAAUUCAUUUGAGCACACAACGUUUACACUACUUACUUUGAAACGCUAUGUGUCUGACAGUUUGAAACAAGGUGAAACACAUUGGUAAAGUCUUAUUUGUGAGCCACAGAGUACAGCUGGUCCCAAUCGGUAAACAUCUGGUGAACCAAUCAGCAGCUGUACUCUCAUGCCCCCACCAGUGUCCAUCUGCAAUGCUUUUGGCUCCCAAGUGGGAGUUAUACAGUGAGUAGUAGUACAAAGACUUCAUUAGAGCUAAAAUGACCUAUUUCAUAUAAGAGGUGAUAUAGUGAUGGUUUAUUAUUAUUCCAUUGCAGAGCUGGUUAGCAGAUUUUAGAAAUUCUAUUGAAGCAAAAAUGUAUAGGACCACAAACCUACAUGUAUGCAUGAACCCAGAAAUGUGCACGUUGUAUCGACACAAUGAGUAGCAACCAGUACUAUGUAUGUUGUAGAUGAGGAAAAGAGGAGGAGUAACUGGUGGCUUGAUAAAAGCAACUUGAGAGUCAUAUUGUGACCUGUGCUUUAUAUUAUUGAGCGCCUAGGACAAGGAUUUGUUGACUUGGUGCCACAUUAUGGGCUUCCAGCAUUUUUGUUUUGCCAGGUCCCCACUACUAUGACCUUGUCCUGUCUGCAUUUUGACUCUUUACAAGUGUUUUACUAUGUUUUUUCAGAGUGUAUCUGGGUCCAUGCGUAUGUGUAAGGCUUUGGUGCUUAUCUUUUUAUUGUAUCACUCAUUUCACAUUUCUGUAUAUAGAGGUAUUUAUUUUAGCUUACCAAAGAACUCUUCUAGAUUGUUACAUAUUAAACCAUUCUGUGAAGUCAAAGGUGGUUAAUAUUUGAAAAAAUGAAGAGCAUUAGCGUUUAGGCUGUAUUGUAGUUUGGUUUAAAACAUAUGCACAGGCUGUUUAAACAUUACAGGAAAUGAGCAAAGGUUCUGUCACUGGAUAUGUUUCAUUCCGUUAUUUAAGUUUGAUUUAUUUUGAUUAAUAAUGGUCCUGUCAUAAUUAUUUAGAUUAACAAUUUAGGGAUAUUGGGACUUAUUAGUUAAUAUUAUAUUUUUAUGCAAAUAAAAAUUGAAGUGGUCUGAGAUCCAUUUUCAUCUUAAAAAGAAGUUUUUCAUAAUCAACUAUUUUUUUCUAUUUUUCUCUUUAUUCCCAGUCUCAUUGUGGUGUUUGUUUUAUUCUCUGACUUCUCUUUGGGAACAUGCAGUUUUAAACAUCUUUCCAAUACGUCAAAUGUACUCUGCUCACUUGGCAUUCUUUGGUGAAGAGCAUACCAGGAUAGGCUAAGGAGUGUGCAGUGUGUCCUGAGCACUAUAUUGCAGCAGUAUUUGCACACUUUUUUCUAUCAGUGUCAAACACUGUUGAGCACUGGAGGCCAAUGGUGUUUCCAAAUGUAAACACUGCUUCCAUAUAGUGCUCGACUUGUGCACCCUUCUGAGCCUACCUAGAUAUGCUAAUCAACAAAGGAUAUCAAGGCAAUGAAGUAUAUUUGAUAAGUAAAAGGGGGAAAUGCUUAAAAUUGCAUGAUCUGUCUGAAUCAUACAAGUCUAAUUUUGACUUUCAGGCCCAUUUAAUUCUGGUAGAAACUUAGCCUAUGCACGUCAUACUACAAAUGAACUCUAGGAGUGAUCUGUAAUACCAAAGUAUAGCAAGGAGCCAGCUGCAAACACCGUUAUAAUUAUAUAGUUAAAUGCGCCUCAUGCAUAACCAAUAGAAAGCCUAAUACUAGAUAUGCAAAUGGACUCAGUCUUUGCUAUUUGGCUCUUUUCUGUGCUAAAUCUAUUCCUCAAAAAGAGUAACUCACAAAUAUCUGUGCAAAUCAAGAUAU